AUGGAUCCCCCCGAUUUGGCGGCGGCGCUAGACUGCGCCGUACGCGACCUCGACCUUCUGGAGGAGUCGCUGUGCGACCUCGCCGUUGCGCUCGGAAGCUCCGCGGAGACACCGCAGGGUUCGCAUCACCGGCACCUUCAGAUGGGUGCCGGCAUCAUGGGCUUCCAGGGCAAAACAGGAUCCCGGCGGCUGCGGCAUUUCCGGAAGACAUUCGCGCAAGUGGAAGUGCCUGCUCCGGCGUUCCUGAGGGUGCUGCACCUGCAUCUGAAGCGGGGAGCUGCGCUACUGAAGAGAUGUCCUGCCUACCUCGACCAGGAUGCAAGCGCGCAGGCUGAGAACCGAUCGAGCGAUAAUCGGCCGAAAGGUGAAAGGCCAAUCGUCACAUCUCUGGAGGACGUCAGCGGAUUGCCGCGGGAGUCGCUGCUGGACAUAGUCGAAGGCCGCAAUGUGCCAAUCGGUGCCGGGCUGCUGGAGAGGCUGCCAGACAGCAGUCGAUUCGCGUCACACAAUGUCGAGCUGUUCUGCAGGUGUUACAUGGACGCGGUGCUCGACCUCUAUCACGGAGUGUUAAAACGCGUUAGCACGUUUGACAUAUUUGACUGCAUAAGGCUGCGGUGCUUCUUCGUCAACAUGGAGCACAUCCUUGCCAGCAACGGUGUGAGGCACACGCGGCUACGGAACGAGAUCAUCUGGAUAGUGCUACAGCUGAUGCGGUUUGCCUUGCAGGACGCGUGGUGGAUACGCACUGACACCGAGUGGCUCAGAACCAAGUUGCCAUUUGUCUGCCAUGGGAAGGCGGAAGCGGCACCUGGUGAGGCAAGGCUGUAUGAGCUCAGAGAUGCACUCAAUAGGGUGAGCACAGUUUCAGGACAGCAUUGUACCUUGGAUGUGCGUAUAUUCCGCGAUAUAUCGCGACUGUUCGGCUUGCCACAAGGGGCGGGCGACAUGUGGGAGCAACUCAUGGGUGGCGUGGAAGAACCGAGUGAACAACCGGAUGACUACAUAAUGUUCAAGAAGGUUGUCGGGGAGUCGAAGAACACUUGGGUUGACGUUAUAGUUGCUGCUAUAGUGGCAGUUGCUAACACUGUUCUCUUCGAGUGUUUCGUGCGCCAAAUUGAGGCGUUGCCUGCUCCGAAUACCAUUACAGGGGCAGCUUCACGUUUGGAGAUGCUGAAUGGGCUAGUGGAGCUGCUGCACGAGACGGACUUCGGCUACACAGCGUGGGCUGUUGAUUUGCUAGGGCCCCGUGCGGAUCCCGGGCUGCUUACGGCGUUCCGAAUACACGGUGAACUGUUGUUAAAAGGAGACAGCACACCAAACGGACCGCCACUGAAACGGUUGGAUUGGGGAGAGGGGAUACUCGUGUACGUAGGUACACUAAAACGCAUCAACCACAUAUUCCACAAGGAGGUGGUCGCAUUUGUAGACCGCAUAGCUGCGCCGGUGUUGGAAGUCAUGGGAAAGCGGGGUGGAAAGAAGCUGUGGUGGGAAUUGCUGUACUCGGAGGACAAGCUGCUUGUGGGACCCGGCGGCGAAGUAGGGGAUGUUGUCAGGGGGUGUAACAAACGCAUCCGCGACGCACUGUGCGCUGAACUGUUCGCCAGAAUUAUCGCAAAGUUUGGUCAAGCAGUUGCAAGUGGAAUGUUCAACUCAGAACAAACCGUGUUUAACGCUCUCGCCCUGUGGGACAGCUUUUGCAGCCUCAACCUAGGCAAGGCGGACGUGCAUAACAACAAUUACCACAUCAACAAACUGUUUGAAAUGGUAGAGAAAAUCAAAAUGGGCAAUGUGGUUAGCCCUACGGAGCCCAUGGAAUGCUUAGAUGACUUCUGGGCCCCGCUGCUAUCUAGCGAACGCAGUGUCACCGGCAGAAGGUACCCACCCAUAGACCUAUCGCAUUACAUACACCGGGAGAUGGAGGGGCGUGUAGGGCCAGACAAUUAUGUGUGGGUUGGAGGAACACUUCGCAAACGUCUGGCGAUAUUUGGAAAUGUGUUGCUCAUGUUCAGGGAUGACUCUGCUCUCCAACCCAUUGGCAUGGUUGACAUGGCCGACGUUGUCGCCGUUAAUUCCCUGGAUGACGAGGAUAACGCAGACAAGCAGCAGUACAUGUCGGAUACAGACGCUGAUCUGUAUAGUUGCGGUACUACGGACUCGGAGCCCUCGGAGGUGGAGAAUGAGCAUGCCAACUUCGACAUGACAGUCUUACAUUGGGGUUGGCGACUGCGUAUAAAAGUCGGCGGCAGCGAUGCGCUGAUGCAACGUGAAGUACAGUAUAUUGGUGUAGAACGAUCACGAGUUAUAGACCUGGAAUUCAUGGGACCAGAGCAUCGUGAGCGAUGGCUGAGAUCGCUGAAACUCAUCCACACACAUCAGGCCUAUCGAAAGCCUCUGUGGUGGCCAAUGCACUCGGCGUUCUUUACCGAUAGGUAUCAAAAUUUUUCAUCACAUGUAAAAUAG